CCUUAAGCGCCAUCAACAUGAUUUCUAAGGUGUUGGUCCUCGCCGUGUUGGUGGCUUCUGUCAUCGCCCUACCGUCCUCCCACCCCUCUUACGGCGCACCUUCGGUUCCCGCUCAGUACGACUUCACCUAUGCUGUGAAGGACAGUUACUCCGGCAACGACUUCGGCCACCAAGAAAAUCGCAACGGGUACAACACUCAGGGGGUCUACUUCGUCCAGCUGCCUGACGGUCGUGUACAGAGGGUGACCUACACCGUCAACGGCGACGAGGGCUUCGUGGCUCAGGUGGGGUACCAGGGAGAGGCUCAGUACCCAGCUUAUCAUCCUUCCCCAAGCUACAACCCGGGACCUUCCUAUGGGAAAUAAAGUAUCUGUUGUUAUGGUGAUUGACGUGUUUCCCAAGUUAGGGUCUCAGCACCAUCUCCGAGGGUUCAGUUUAUUUGCCAAACAACCAAUUUUAACAAUCAAGACAGGUUUUCUUUCUAAUAAUACUUGUUUUAUUGACUUACUGACGUGCUUCACUGACUAACAUCUUUUACGACGGAUCAUAAAGUCACGAUAUACACUACAAAACUUUUAGGAAUUUGGAAAUAUAUUGUAUACAUGUGAUAAAUAAAGACAGA